AUGUCUAAUAAGCACCGGGAACAGGAGGGCCAAAACCCGCGCGUCGCCGGCGGCGGUGACAAGAAGCCGAGGCAUGGUCGGGAGCACCUCUAUCUCGUCUUGGAUGACUGGGACAAGGGGUUCAGCAUCCACAAGAUCGACGCUGACAGCUUUGACACCAACGACGGCCUGCAGAGCGGGGUCGUCGGGCACCUCCCGAAACCUCUGGCCCUGCGGUUAGAGUCACCGGCUUGCCACGUGCCCCACACUGGCAUGUCCUUCGCCACCCUGGGCACCAAGAUCUUCGCCUUCAUGACCCAGCGCUGCGGCCUCGUCUACGACUCCGAGACGGCCGUCUUGGCCAUCGGCACUCAUGCCCCUCCUAAAAUGCUAUGUGGCUUCGGUAUCACUGUGGCCGUUGGUGAGGUGAUCUACGCCUUGACGUAUCGCUUCUCCAACAGCCAGCACUCGUUCGAAGCCAUGUCUUGGGAGCAUCCCACGGAGGGCUGGUCUUGGAAGACUCUGCCACCGCCGCCUUCAACAUUUCGCGGCCGCGUUAACUCUUAUGCGCUGCACCCGGAUGGAUGCACCAUCUUCAUGACCUCGGCGAAUAAUGGCCGCAUGGGCACCUACUCAUUCAACACCAAGGAUUCUGCUUGGAGGUGGCAUGGCGAGUGGGCGUUGCCAUUCGUUGGACAAGCUCACUUUGACGGUGAGACCAACUCGUGGGUUGGCCUUUGCUGGGAUGGCUACAUUUGUUCCUGCAAAGUUGUCUCCCCCGACUGCCUCAACACUGCUCCGGAUUGGCAGAUGACAAAGGAUAAGUUAUUCUACAAGGAUCGGCAGAGGUACAUGUGGGCCUCUCUCACCUCUAUGGGCACAAACAGAUUCUGCCUUGUCCAAUGUGUGAGACGUGAGGAAGUGGAGGAGGGUCAAGCCUUGGGAGACUGUGAUGGCUGUAUUCUCCAUUUGACCAUAUUUGGCCUCAAGUACAAUCAAAAGGGAGAGCUUCAAACCACAGAUCACCACUAG